GUAAUUGCAUUGCGAUUGGCGCUUGCGAGGAAGCGAGCCAGUGGCUUUUGGCGCUUCGACUCUUUUCCUCAAAAUCAAAUGAGUUUUGCUUUCACGCCACCAUGAGCGCUGCUGGGGCAGCGAAGAGGUGGGAGACGUCGCUCUCGUUAUUGCAGGGCAUGGCAGAAAGUGUCCUGGUGCCUAGCACAGUGAGCUUUAAUACUGCCAUGAAUUCAUUGAGCGGAGGAGAUCUGUGGCGGGUUUCAUUGAGUUUUUUUAGAGACAUGCAGCGAAUGCGUUUGGUCGCUGAUGCCAUCAGCUUGAACUCGGCCUCGUUUGCUUUAGAAUUGGCAGGCCAUUGGCCUUUGGGCUUCGCAUUGCUAUCUUCGUUGGAAGCUGCAGACCGUGAGAGUGAGAUGAUCCUCAAGGCUGGCCCUUGGGAUCAUUCUUUGGCCAAAUUGGAGCAGAUGGUUCGCUUCAGGAUGAAGCUGGACAUCGUCAGCUGCAAUAGCAUCAUCAGUCGCUUGAGCCGGGUGGGCAACUCACUUGCGCUGAAGCUUUUGGCGAGGCUCCCACAACUACAUUUGAAGCCGGAUCUUUAUUCGGUUAAUGCGGCCAUGGCAUUUGCCGAGUGGACAAAAGCCUUAGAUUUGCUCGCAGCUUUGUCAACGCAACUCCUGGAGGCAGAUGCAGUGAGCUACAGUACCGGCAUCAGUGCCUGUGGCCGCGCACUGCGCUACAAUCCUGCACAGCAGCUCUUGCAGGAGGCUGUAAAGAGCAAUCUGGCAAACCAGGUUGUGUACAAUGCUGCCAUCAGCGCAUGUGGUGGCCGCUGGGAGCAAGCCUUGGCGUUGCUUUGGCAAACGCCCAUGGAUGAGAUCAGCUUCAAUGCAGCCAUUGAUGCUUGUGAGCAGGGUGGUCAAUGGCAGGUCGCUCUCCAACUGCUGUUCGCUGCAAGAGACGCCGGUAUGAGCUCAGCGAUUGGCGCCAAUAGCGCUUUGAGCGCUAUGGAAAAGUGUGGACAGCUUCUUCCGGCCUUGCACCUUCUCCAGCAGCUUUGUGAAGAAGGUUUGGCAAAUGAAAUCAGCUUCAAUUGUGCUAUCGCUGCAUGCGAGAAGACGAAAGAUUGGCAAAUGGCCUUCCAGCUCUUGCAGGACAUGCAGAUGGCGGACUUGUCGGCAGAUGAGAUCAGUUUCAGAGCUGCAAUGAGCGCCUGUCCAUCAUCGGAAUGGUUCCAAGUGUUGCUCCUCCUGGACACAAUGAGACAGACAAAUAUCCAGACCAGCACCAUCAGCUUCAAUGCUGCUUUAAACACUCUCAGCACAGCCCCGACUGCAGCGAUCAGUGGCCUACAGCUAUUGCAGCGCAUGAUGAAACAGGUGGAUCCAGACGCUGGCAGCUACAAAGCUGCGGCUACUUGCUGCGAGAGAGGAGGCUACGCUUUACAAAGCCUGCCAAUCUUUGAGCAGCUGAACAGUUGCGUUUCCUCUCGUUUGAAAGAGAUCUUCUGA